UCAGUUGAUUCAGUAUAUCACUAGAAACCGAGAGCACAACAAUGUUGAUUUUUAUAACGGUUUUAAUGCUCAAUGUGUGGGCUAUAUCGGCAGAUGAUGUACUUUCACCAAACAUAAACAUCAUUGAAGACCAGGGGAAAAUAAAGAGCAUUGAAACAAUAAUGGAUUCUCUGGAGACUGAAAUGGAGCAACUAAGAACAGAAAACAAAGAACUGACCGCCACCGUUACAGAGCAGAAAGGAAACAUCGGAGAACUGAGGGAUGAGAUGAACAAGAAAAAUGAAGAAAUUUCAAAUCUUUCAAGUCAAGUGGAGGAGUUGAGAAAGGAAAAUAGAGGCAGAGAAAUAGCUUUUUCAGCGUCACUGGUGGAAUCUGGCGAUAAAUAUAUUGGUCCUUUUAGCACUCACUUCACAAUAACCUACAAGAACGUCUUCACAAACACAGGGAACGCCUACAACCCAGUUACAGGUGUUUUCACAGCCCCACUGAAAGGAGCAUACAUGUUCAGAGUCUCUGUGAUUCUGUGAUUGUAGACAAUGCAGCGUGUGAACAGGACUUUAAUUUUGGAAUGACGACGUGACGUCAUAAGACUGCGCCGCGAUCCUGCAUCUGCUGUGAUUCUGCUGAAGAACGAUUUUUUUUUUUAAUUUAAGCUAUUUUAAUCGAUAGAAACAGUUCAGUGAUUUAUAGUUGUGUGGGGCUUUUUUUUAAAGCGACAUUAAAUUAGUUUAUCCUGCUAUUUAAUGUAACAUUGUAAGUUUUUAUCACAAACACGAGUUCAGUCUCUGGCGAAUAAUGGAGAAACUGAACUUUUCAACUCCGAGUCAAUUGAAUCAAACACUUUGAGAAAUGAUUCAGUGAAUCACGACACGUGCUGCUCAAACAGUGAACAUGAACGAGAACAACAAACACUAACGAACUAAACAUGUUUUCAUCAAAGUGUAAUACUAGAUGUAAAUCAUAAAUGUCUAAAUAUUAAGUGUUUAUUUUUAAGCAGUGUUAGUUUUUUUUUCUUUUCUAACCAGGUUUGAAGACCAUUAUUAUUCUGUUAAUUAUUCUCUUCUUACAGAUGGUGUUUAUUAAAGAAGAGACUGAAGACAUGAAGAUGUCGUUUAUUAAAGAGGAAAGUAAAGAUAUGAAGAUAAUUAUUAAAGAGGAGACUGAAGACAUGAAGAUGCAGUUUAAUAAAGAGGAGUUUGAAGAAAUAAAGAUUGAAGAAACAUUCAGAGUGAAACAUGAAGAAACUGAGGAACAAACAGACCUAAUGGCACUGAGAGAGGCGAGUCAUGAACUUAAUGAAAGGGAAGAAGAGAAAGAACAUUAUGAUAAACAUGAUUUCAUGAUUGGAGAAAGAGCGACACAGGCUAAAAAGACUUCCCCACGAAAAAGAGCUCAAAAAAACAGAAACUAAAAGAUAUUUUGCCUGCCAACAGUGUGGAAAGAGUUUUGAUCAACAUGGAAACCUUACAGUCCAUAUGAGAAUUCAUACGGGAGAAAGGCCUUACACCUGCCAACAAUGUGGAAAGAGUUUCACAAAUAAAGGAAACCUUAAAGUCCACAUGAGAAUUCACACUGGAGAGAGCCUUUUCACCUGUCAGCAGUGUGGACAGAAUUUUAGUCAAAAAGGAAACCUUAAAGCCCACAUGAUAACUCACACUGGAGAAAAGCCUUACACCUGCAGUCUGUGUGGGAAUGGCUUCAAACGAGAACAAAACCUUAGGGAACACAUGAAUAUUCACACUGGAGAAAGGCCAUUUACCUGUGAUCAGUGUGGAAUGGGUUUCAGAUUUCAAAGUAACCUAAGGGUCCACUUGAGGAUUCACUCGAAACAAAACUCUUUUAGAAGUCGUCACUGUGGAAAGAGCAGAGGUGUAAAGAGUACCUGAAAACAAUACUUGAGUAAAAGUACAGAUACCUUACAAUGAAAAUUACACCAUUACAAGUUACAAGUAAAACUGCCAAGCAGCAGUGACUAAAAGUGAUGUUUGGCUUAGGAAAACUGACAUAUACUGCCUUUAAUCAAAUAUUAUUCAAAAUGUCUUAAAGAUUUUGUAAGCAUAUUGCGUAAUUGUGAUAAUAGUAAAACAAAUUGUGUGACAUCAUUUUUGGGCAGGAUUAUCAACUCCCUGUCAUCAUUUAACUCCAAUACAGUUUAUUUUCAUUGAAAAGUGUGUCUCAUCUCUGCUGCUAUCUUGUUACUCCUAACUACAACAUGAAUUCCAGAAAACUUGGGACAUUUUUUAAAAAAUGUGAAUAAAGUGAAUUAUAAAAGAC